CAGCUCACACUAUGCGCAAAUUAUUAAGAGAUUAACUCUUAAGGGGACUUUACAUGUUUGGGAAAGAGUGAAUAAAACCUUCAGCUCCUUCGUUCGGAUUGAGAGCAUAAAAUGAAGAUGGGUCUUUGAAGAGCAGGACAUUUUUUCUGUUAUAGAGGCGAUGAGCGCAUCUUCAAGAUGCACGGCAACUGGAAGAUGAUGAAGCUGGUUGGAAUGCUGAUGCUGGCCAACUUCUUCAUCUACAUGUUGGUGGCAGUGUCCCGGAACUACGGUCAGAAUAACCACAAGCACCGAAAAUUAAUAUCCAAAGGGUUCUGGAAAAAUCCAGAGGUCAUGACACCAAUCUGGAACCACGAGCAGCAACGUCUGGACGACAUCCACUUCCUGCCCCUUGCCAACGGCAGCGAGUCCUUCCACGACUUUCUGGGGAUCCCUCAUUGGCUGAAUACGAGUCACAUGUCUUCCUGCCAGCGAGAUGACAAAGUGAUGACACAAAUAAAAGACUUUAGUUCACUUCCACAGCGCUUUAAAGACUUCAUGCUGUACAGGGACUGCAGGUUAUUCCCUCUGAUAACGGAUGCACCCAGCGUGUGUUCGAAACCACCCUUCCUCUUACUCGUGAUAAAGUCCAUCGCGCCUCAUUUCGAUCGACGGCAGGCCAUCAGAGAGUCGUGGGGUCGUGCCGGUCUCCUUGAUGACCAUCGCAUCUCCACUGUGUUCCUCCUUGGAAACACCGCUGCAACGGACUACUUUCCAGAUUUGUCAAAUAUGGUCAAGCAUGAGGCCUUGUUGCACGGAGAUGUGUUGCAGUGGGAUUAUCGCGACUCAUUUUUUAAUCUAACAUUGAAAGAAGUGCUUUUUCUGGAAUGGUUUGCCACCAAUUGCUCCUCCGCCCAGUACGUUUUCAAAGGUGACGAUGAUGUUUUUGUAAAUACACACCACUUACUGGAAUAUCUGCGCAAUUUAACGGCAACCAGCUCACGAGACCUCUUCAUUGGAGAUGUGAUCUCCAAUGCUGGACCUCAUCGGGACAAAAAACUCAAGUAUUAUAUCCCCGAAAGCGUGUUUGUGGGGGGUUACCCUCCCUAUGCGGGUGGGGGAGGUUACCUGUACUCAGGUAAUUUAGGGAUGCGACUAAGAACUAUCUCACAAUUGGUCACACUGUACCCAAUUGAUGAUGUGUACACUGGGAUGUGUUUGAGGAGACUGGGUUUAGUGCCACAGAAACACACUGGCUUUAAGACUUUUGGCAUUGAGGAGAAAUACAAAGACAAUGUUUGUGCUUAUAAAAACUUGAUGCUGGUGCAUCCCAGGAGUCCACAGGAGAUGAUUAAGAUCUGGAUUGGGAUAAAUGACCCCAAAACACACUGUGAGUAAGAGACGUUUUAUGGUCAAUGAAAAAUGGCAUGUCUUUUUCUAAAGAUAGCAGGACACAAACUUUCUU